AUGCCUGAAGCCUACGCUAGCCAUCCUGACUACGGCUACGCCCGCGACUUUAAGGGCUACGGCGAGUCCGGCCUGAAAAUCACCUGGCCCAACAAUGCCAAAAUCGCCGUCUCGUUUGUGAUCAAUUAUGAAGAGGGCGGCGAACGGUCCGUCCUGGAAGGCGACGGCGUCUCCGAAUCAAAUCUGCGUGAGAACCCAACAGGACCCCAGAGCAUAAAUGAGCGGAAUUACAACGCCGAGUCAGAAUACGAGUACGGUAGUCGCGCGGGUUGGUGGCGGCUCUUCCGACUGUUCCAAAAACACGGCAUGAAGUUCACGCUCUAUGCCGUUGCGCGCGCGCUAGAGCAUAAUCCAGAUGUGGCAAAGCGCUGUGUGGAAGAGGGGCACGAUAUUGCGUCGCACGCUUACCGCUGGGUCAAUUAUCAUGAUUUCAGUAUCGAGAAGGAAAAGGACUACAUCCGCAAGGCUGUCACGUCUCUAAAAUCUCUUACAGGAUACGCACCCAAGGGGUGGUACUACGGGCGACCUAGCCCGCAUUCGCGGACCCUAGUUCCACAGGUUUACGAGGAGAUGGGCGAAGAGCUUCUCUGGGCGAGCGAUACCUACGCCGACGAUGUCCCUUACUGGAUUGAUUUGCCCACUGAGCGGGAUCUCCCUGCUGACCGCGCGAAAGGGUGCCUGAUGAUUCCCUACAGCUACGACUGCAACGACUUCAAGUUCCAUGUUCCGGGUUCCGGCUUCAGGGAUCCAGAUGGAUUCCUGACGCACUUGAAAAACGCAUUUGAUGUGCUUUAUGAGGAAGGAGAGGAAGGCAGUCCGAAGAUGAUGACGAUUGGAUUGCACUGUAGGAUUAUUGGACGCCCAGGGCGGUUCAAGGCGCUGAAGGAGUUUGUUGAGUAUAUUGCUGCGAAGGAGGGAGUUUGGGUUGCAACCAGAACAGAGAUUGCAGAGGUUUUUAGGGAGACGUUUCCGUAUAAGAAGGGGGUGUUGGCCGAGGCGACAAUUUAUGAGUGA